CCAAGAGGCCUCCGAACGCCUCUGGAUCCGGCCGGAUGCCCCAAGCAGGUGUACCUGGCAGCUGGGCCGGCCCAUCGCCGACUCCCCGCACCACCACACGGCCUUGACAGAAUCGCCAAAAAUCUUGCCAGACAUUCUGAAGAAAAUCGGUAAUACCCCCAUGGUCCGCAUCAAUAAGAUUGGGAAGAUCCACGGCCUGAAGUGUGAGCUGUUGGCCAAGUGCGAGUUCUUCAAUGCGGGCGGGAGCGUCAAGGACCGCAUCGGCCUGCGCAUGAUCGAGGAUGCAGAGAGGGCUGGGACCCUGCGGCCUGGGGACACCAUCAUCGAGCCCACGUCAGGCAACACGGGCAUUGGGCUGGCGCUGGCUGCUGCCGUGAAGGGCUACCGCUGUAUCAUUGUGAUGCCAGAGAAGAUGAGCUUGGAGAAGGUGGACGUCCUGCGGGCCCUGGGCGCUGAGAUUGUCAGGACGCCCACCAGCGCCAGGUUCGACUCCCCUGAGUCCCACGUUGGGGUAGCAUGGCGGCUUAAGAAUGAAAUCCCCAACUCACACAUCCUGGACCAGUACCGCAACGCCAGCAACCCGCUAGCUCACUACGACACCACGGCAGAGGAGAUCCUGCAGCAGUGUGACGGGAAGCUGGACAUGCUGGUGGCCUCUGCAGGUACAGGCGGCACUAUCACGGGCAUCGCCAGGAAACUGAAGGAGAAGUGUCCUGGCUGCAGGAUCAUCGGUGUAGACCCCGAGGGCUCUAUCCUGGCGGAGCCGGAAGAGCUCAACCAGACGGAUGUGACAACCUAUGAGGUGGAAGGGAUCGGCUACGACUUCAUCCCCACGGUGCUGGACAGGAUGGUGGUGGACAAGUGGUACAAGACCAGCGAUGAAGAGGCCUUCGCCUUUGCCCGCAUGCUGAUCGCCCAGGAGGGGCUGCUGUGCGGUGGCAGUGCCGGCAGUGCUGUGGCCGUGGCUGUGAAGGCAGCACAGGAGUUGCAGGAGGGUCAGCGCUGCGUGGUCAUCCUGCCCGACUCCGUGCGCAACUACAUGUCCAAGUUCCUGAGUGACAAGUGGAUGCUCCAGAAGGGCUUCCUGAAGGAGGAGGUGCUGUCUGAGAAGAGGCCUUGGUGGUGGCCUCUCCGGGUACAGGAGUUGAGCCUGGCGGCCCCGCUGACCGUGCUGCCCAGCGUCACUUGCAAGCAUACCAUCGAUAUCCUCCGUGAGAAGGGCUUCGACCAGGCGCCCGUCGUGGAUGAGGCAGGGGAGAUCCUAGGCAUGGUGACGCUCGGGAACAUGCUGUCAUCCCUGCUGGCCGGGAAGGUGCGGCCGUGGCAGCCCGUCUGCAAGGUCCUGUACAAGCAGUUCAAGCAGAUCCAGCUGACGGACACGCUGGGCAAGCUCUCGAGCAUCCUGGAGACGGACCACUUCGCCGUGGUGCUGCAUGAGCCCACCCAGUACCAUGGCGCUGGGCAGCCCAGUAGGCGGCAGGCAGUAUUUGGCAUCGUCACAGCCAUCGACCUGCUCAACUUCGUGGCCUCCCGGGAGAGUGACCACCAGUGACCCGCCCCCAUGCCUUCGCUCCCUGCCUGGCCCUUGGUCUGACGCUCUGGGCCUUGUCUUGGUUACACUAAUGCUCAGCUGUCCUGUCCAGAUGAAUCUAU